GCUUUCAGUUGACUAUCAGGGAGUUCAUUCCAGACCUGUCUCGCCCGAGGUGAAGAUUCUGUUCUUGUGCGUGGAUUGAAAAGUGUGUUACUGUGUUUUGUUCAGAACAAUUAAGUUGCCAUCAGAGACCUGUUCCAUAAUAAUUGUUGCCGCCCAUUAUAACACGUAAACGAACAUGCCGAAGCCCGUGAAACAGGAGGGCGAGGACCCAGAUCCAACCCCGUACUUGUUCGUUUCCUUGGAACAGAAACGUAUCGAUCAAUCGAAACCUUACGAUGCUAAGAAGAUUUGCUGGGUCCCCGAUGAAGCAGAGGGUUUCGUUCUCGGAGAAAUUAAGGCAACUAAGGGCGACUUGGUCACCGUUGGACUCCCCAGUGGCGAGACGAAGGAUUUCAAGAAGGAUCAAGUGGGACAGGUUAACCCACCGAAAUACGAAAAAUGCGAAGAUAUGUCUAACUUAACCUACCUUAACGAUGCGUCUGUCUUAUAUAACUUGAAACAAAGAUACUAUCAUAAACUCAUUUACACAUACUCAGGACUUUUCUGUGUGGCUAUUAACCCUUACAAAAGAUUCCCCGUGUACACACUUAGGUGCGCCAAAUUGUACCGAGGUAGACGAAGAAAUGAAGUUCCACCCCACGUCUUCGCUGUCUCUGACGGUGCCUAUGUAAACAUGUUAACCAAUAAGGAAAAUCAGUCUAUGUUAAUUACCGGAGAGUCUGGUGCCGGUAAAACUGAAAACACGAAGAAAGUAAUUGCGUACUUCGCCACCGUAGGAGCCAGCUCAAAGAAAGAGGAAGCUGCCAAUCAGAAUAAGGGUUCCCUAGAAGAUCAAGUCGUCCAGACUAACCCUGUACUAGAAGCUUUCGGUAACGCCAAGACAGUGCGUAACGAUAACUCUUCACGUUUCGGUAAAUUCAUCCGUAUUCACUUCGGCCCAACUGGUAAACUUGCCGGAGCUGAUAUUGAAACAUAUCUAUUAGAGAAGGCUCGUGUCAUUUCCCAACAGUCAUUAGAACGAUCAUACCAUAUUUUCUACCAAAUUAUGUCUGGAUCUGUAAAAGGAGUAAAAGAGAUGUGCUUUUUGUCAAAUAACAUCUAUGACUAUUACAAUGUCUCACAAGGUAAAAUUACCAUUCCCGGUAUUGAUGACGCAGAAGAAUUCCAACUUUGCGACCAAGCCUUCGACGUCCUAGGUUUCUCUCAACAAGAAAAGGAUGAAAUCUACAAAAUCACAGCCGCCGUCAUGCACAUGGGUGGAAUGAAGUUCAAACAGAGGGGUCGAGAAGAACAGGCUGAACCCGACGGCACAGAGGAGGGUGAGCGAGUAGCAACUCUGUUGGGUAUCGAUUGUCAAGAUUUGUACAAGAACUUGACGAAACCCAGGAUCAAGGUCGGUAACGAGUUCGUCACACAAGGACGUAACGUCUCUCAGGUAUCAUACUCAGUAGGUGCUAUGUCAAAGGGUAUGUUUGACAGACUGUUCAAAUAUUUAGUAAAAAAAUGUAACGAAACCUUGGACACAAAACAAAAAAGACAGCACUUCAUUGGUGUACUGGAUAUUGCUGGUUUUGAAAUUUUCGACUACAACGGUUUCGAACAAUUGUGUAUCAACUUCACCAACGAGAAGUUGCAACAGUUCUUUAACCAUCACAUGUUUGUACUCGAGCAAGAAGAGUACAAGAAAGAGGGUAUUGUUUGGGCUUUCAUUGAUUUCGGAAUGGAUCUUCUAGCUUGUAUCGAUCUUAUUGAAAAGCCUAUGGGUAUCUUAUCAAUUCUUGAAGAAGAAUCUAUGUUCCCGAAAGCUACUGACAAGACCUUUGAAGACAAGUUGAUGAGCGCCCACUUGGGUAAAUCCGCACCUUUCCAGAAACCCAAACCACCCAAGCCAGGUUGCCCAGCCGCUCACUUUGCUAUUGGCCAUUAUGCUGGUGUUGUAUCAUAUAACAUUACUGGAUGGUUAGAAAAGAACAAGGAUCCUCUUAACGACACUGUCGUUGAUCAAUGUAAGAAGGGAACCAACGCCUUGCUCAGGGAAAUCUUCGCCGACCAUCCAGGUCAAUCUGGUGGUGGUGCCGCAGAAAAGGCAGGUGGAAAGAGACAAAAGGGAUCCGGAUUUUUGACAGUCUCUGCUUUAUACAGGGAACAAUUGAACAACCUCAUGACAACCCUCAGAAGCACACAGCCUCACUUCGUCCGUUGUAUCAUUCCAAACGAAUUGAAACAGCCUGGUGUCAUCGACUCUCACUUGGUCAUGCAUCAGUUGACAUGUAACGGUGUACUUGAAGGUAUCCGUAUCUGUCGUAAAGGUUUCCCCAACAGGAUGGUCUACCCUGACUUCAAAUUGCGUUACAAGAUUUUAGCUCCUGGCCCAGCCGCCAAAGAAACCGAUUUAAAGAAAAUUGCGGCAGUUAUCCUCGAAAGCACCGGAUUGGACCCUGAUCAGUACCGAUUGGGUCACACUAAGGUGUUCUUCCGUGCCGGAGUGUUGGGUCAGAUGGAGGAACUUCGUGACGACCGAUUGGGUAAAAUCAUCGGAUGGAUGCAGGCUUACAUGCGUGGUUACCUCACAAGGAAAUCAUUCAAGAAAUUGCAAGAACAGCGAUUGGCCUUACAAGUUGUACAACGUAACUUGCGUAAAUACCUCAAGCUCCGUAUGUGGCCAUGGUGGAGAUUGUGGACCAAGGUCAGGCCUCUCCUUCACGUCGUCGAUAUCGACGCUGAACUCAAGAAACUGGAGGACCGCGCAGAGAAGGCCGAGGAGAACUGGGCCCGUGAGGAGAAACUCAGGAAGGAGUUGGAAGCCCUCAACACGAAACUUCUCGACGAGAAGACUAACCUCCUGAAGAACUUGGAAGGUGAGAAGGGAUCUCUCCAGAGCAUCACCGAGCGUGCUGCCAAGCUCCAGGCCCAGAAGAGCGACUUGGAGUCUCAACUCGCUGACACACAAGAAAGGUUACAACAGGAAGAAGAUGCCAGGAACCAACUCUUCCAACAGAAAAAGAAGUUGGAGCAAGAACUGUCUGGUCUCAAGAAGGAUGUUGAGGACUUGGAAUUGGCAGUACAAAAGUCUGACCAAGACAAGGCCACCAAGGACCACCAGAUCAGAAACUUGAACGAUGAAAUCGCCCACCAGGACGAGCUCAUCAACAAGUUGAACAAGGAGAAGAAACUCCAAGCUGAGACCACGCAGAAGACCGCCGAAGAAUUGCAGGCCGCUGAAGACAAGGUCAACCACCUUACAAAGGUCAAGGUCAAGCUUGAGCAGACCCUUGAUGAAUUAGAGGACUCACUGGAACGCGAAAAGAAACUGAGAGGAGACGUUGAAAAGGCCAAGAGGAAGGUUGAAGGAGACUUGAAACUGACCCAGGAAGCCGUCGCCGACUUAGAAAGGAACAAGAAGGAAUUAGAACAGACCAUCCAGCGCAAGGACAAGGAAAUCGCCUCCCUCACCGCCAAAUUGGAAGAUGAACAAUCACUCGUCGGAAAGCAACAGAAACAGAUCAAGGAACUCCAGGCCCGCAUUGAAGAGCUAGAAGAAGAAGUCGAAGCCGAACGUCAAGCCCGCGCCAAGGCCGAGAAGCAGCGUGCCGACCUAGCCCGAGAACUGGAGGAACUCGGCGAGCGACUUGAGGAAGCCGGUGGCGCCACCUCAGCUCAGAUCGAGCUCAACAAGAAGCGAGAGGCUGAGAUGAGCAAGCUCCGUCGGGACCUCGAGGAGGCCAACAUCCAGCACGAAUCCACCCUCGCCAACCUCCGCAAGAAGCACAACGAUGCCGUCGGCGAGAUGGGCGAACAGAUCGACCAACUCAACAAGCUCAAGACCAAGGCCGAGCAUGAGCGCUCCCACGUCGUGAAUGAGCUGAAUAACACCAGAGCCGCCGUAGACCAAGUUACCCGGGAGAAGGCCGCCAUCGAGAAAGUUGCCAAGCAGCUCCAACACCAACUGAACGAAGUACAAAGCAAAUUGGACGAGACGAACAGGACAUUGAACGACUUCGAUGCCGCCAAGAAGAAGUUGUCCAUUGAAAACUCAGACCUCCUCAGACAGCUGGAGGAAGCCGAAUCCCAAGUCUCGCAACUCAGCAAGAUCAAGAUGUCGCUCACCACUCAGCUCGAAGACACCAAGAGGCUCGCUGAUGAAGAAUCCAGGGAGCGUGCCACGUUAUUGGGCAAAUUCCGUAACUUGGAGCACGACUUGGACAACAUCCGCGAACAGAUUGAGGAAGAGGCCGAAGCCAAGGCUGACAUCCAGAGACAACUCAGCAAGGCUAACGCUGAAGCUCAGUUGUGGAGGACCAAGUACGAGUCCGAAGGUGUGGCUCGCGCUGAAGAGCUAGAGGAGGCCAAGCGUAAGCUGCAAGCCCGUUUGGCUGAGGCUGAGGAGACGAUCGAGUCUCUGAACCAGAAGGUGGUCGCUCUGGAGAAGACGAAGCAGCGGCUGGCGACGGAAGUGGAAGAUCUCCAACUGGAGGUCGACCGUGCCAACGCCAUCGCCAACGCGGCUGAGAAGAAGGCCAAGGCCAUCGACAAGAUCAUUGGAGAAUGGAAACUCAAGGUGGACGAUCUCGCUGCCGAGCUCGACGCCAGCCAGAAGGAAUGCAGGAACUACUCCACCGAGCUGUUCCGACUUAAGGGAGCCUACGAAGAAGCCCAAGAGCAACUUGAGGCUGUCAGACGGGAGAACAAGAACUUGGCUGAUGAGGUCAAGGACUUGUUGGACCAGAUCGGAGAAGGUGGACGCAACAUCCACGAAAUCGAGAAGGCGCGCAAACGAUUGGAAGUGGAGAAGGACGAAUUACAGGCCGCUUUAGAGGAAGCCGAGGCUGCCUUGGAGCAGGAAGAAAACAAGGUCCUCCGGGCUCAGCUCGAACUCUCACAGGUCAGACAGGAAAUCGACAGGCGAAUCCAAGAGAAGGAAGAGGAAUUCGAAAACACAAGGAAGAACCACCAGAGGGCUCUGGACUCCAUGCAAGCCAGCUUAGAGGCCGAGGCUAAAGGAAAGGCUGAGGCACUUAGGAUGAAGAAGAAAUUAGAAGCUGACAUCAACGAAUUAGAAAUUGCUUUGGACCACGCAAAUAAGGCCAACGCUGAAGCACAGAAGAACAUUAAGCGAUACCAACAACAACUCAAGGACAUCCAGACCGCCCUGGAGGAAGAACAGAGAGCCCGCGAUGACGCCCGGGAACAAUUAGGAAUCUCAGAACGCCGUGCCAACGCUCUCCAGAAUGAACUGGAAGAGUCCCGCACGCUCCUCGAACAGGCCGACAGAGGUCGCCGACAGGCUGAACAAGAACUCAGCGAUGCUCACGAGCAGCUCAACGAACUUUCCGCACAAGCCACCUCCAUCUCAGCCGCCAAGAGGAAACUCGAAGGCGAACUACAAACUCUGCAUUCUGACUUGGAUGAACUUCUAAAUGAAGCCAAGAACUCGGAAGAGAAGGCCAAGAAAGCUAUGGUUGAUGCCGCCCGGUUAGCGGACGAGCUCCGAGCUGAACAAGACCACGCUCAAACACAAGAGAAGCUAAGGAAAGCUCUCGAAACACAAAUUAAGGAAUUACAGGUUAGAUUAGAUGAAGCUGAAAACAAUGCCCUUAAGGGUGGAAAGAAGGCUAUCCAGAAAUUAGAACAACGAGUCCGAGAGUUGGAGAACGAAUUGGACGGCGAACAGCGUAGACAUGCUGACGCACAAAAGAACCUAAGGAAAUCCGAACGUAGAAUUAAGGAAUUGAGCUUCCAGGCUGAGGAAGACAGGAAGAACCACGAACGUAUGCAAGACUUAGUUGACAAAUUACAACAGAAGAUCAAGACUUAUAAGAGACAAAUCGAAGAAGCAGAAGAAAUUGCUGCUUUGAACUUAGCCAAAUUCCGCAAGGCACAACAAGAAUUAGAAGAGGCUGAAGAACGAGCCGACUUAGCAGAACAAGCCAUCGCCAAAUUCAGAACACAAAAGGGUGGCAGAGCAGGAUCAGCAGCGCGUGGAUCCAGUCCCUUGCCCCAAGCAAAAACGCGCAAGCCCCAACUUGCAUUGGAAUAAACAAACGUUAUCAAAUUGCCCACCGACCUCCUCUCAGGCCGCAGUUAGAUGGCGGUGCUUUCCCUCCACGCUUCGACCUCCAUCCUGAAGCAGGAGACAUUUUCGGCUAAGCCAAAUAGAGCCAACAUCCGAAACACUUUUUUCUAUUUUCUCAACUAAAGCGGAACACGCAACUCAAGUUUCCUCGACUUCUUCGUUUACCUACUGCACCAGAUGGCUCACGAAAGAUCUUCAAGUCACCUCGAUUAUUUAUUGUAUUUAUUUUAAUUUAAAGAAUAUAUAUAAAUAAAACAAGUAUUUUUAAGUUAAUUUCUUAAAUUGUAAAAAUUAAUAAAUAAAUCUAAGUGAAACUUGGCGUA